GGUGCUUCACCAUUUUCGGUAGGAAAAUCCAGGCCGACCAUUGACAUUUUAUUUGUUCCAUGCCUCCACCGGCCAUGUAAACGAAUUAUUGAUGCGUGAAACGGCCAAGCAGCAGGACGUGCGACUGGUGGGGGAGAUGGAGCCAUGUGCGGGCUACGUAGAGGCGAAGGGCAGGCGGGCACCGGUGCCGCGGCGUGGCACCCGCGCGGCGGUACCGUUCGGCAAAGUCCACAUCGACCUCACGGGCCCGUUCUCUGACGCGCUGGACGGCUCCCGGUAUCUGAUCAUGUUCGUGGACAGCGCAUCGCGGUGGCAACGGGGGUACGGGAUGCGGGCCAAGAGCGACACCCUGAAGUUCGUGCAGCGGUUCCUCGCCGACAUGAACGGCAUGGGCACUCCGGGGUGUUUCCGCAUGGACAACGGCGGCGAGUUCACCGGCUCCGCGUUCACUUCGUUCUGCGACGCUGCUGGCAUUCGGCGCGAGCACACCGCCCCCGACACCCCCAAACAAAACGCGGUGGUCGAGAGCGCCAUAUGGCGCGCCAUGAAGGGGGUCACACCGCGCGCCGCCACAUCCUCGCCAUGGGCCACGUCGACCUCUCCUCCAUCCCCAACGUCGGCGUCAACGGACAUCGCCUGUGGUUCGCGUCGACGCUGUGGGCAUCCGCCUGCUUCAACCGCUCCGCGACGAAGGCCAACCUGGGCUGGAUGUCGCCGUUCGAGGCGUCCUUCGGCCGGAGGCCGCACCUCACCGUCGUCCCUUUUGGAGGGGAUGAUGCGCGUGAAGCGGGCCACCAAGGCGGAUGUUUAAUCCGCGCGGUGCUUCUACCUGCACGGCGCCAACAACCGCUCGACGUCUACCGCCGUCGUUCUUCGCGCUGACACCGGUCGCCUCGCCCUCACCAACAACGUCGUGUGGGUCAACCGCCGGGCAGGAGCGCCGGCGCCGGCGCCGGGCAUCGGGGGGGGUUCUUCGGUCACCGCG